GUAGGGUUUUAAUUUUUCGAUGUUGGCAGCAGUCGUUUGGUGUCCGUGAGCGAAAGUUAAAUGGUCGGCAGGCCCGGUGUUGAAAUUUCGCGAUUAGAUACAAAUUAACUGAAUAUUAGCAGAGCUUGAUUGGGGCUAACUAAUCAACAAACACAGAUAAAAUGGCAGUGAACGUGUACUCAACAAACGUGACGUCCGAGAACUUAUCCAGGCAUGACAUGCUGGCCUGGGUGAACGAAUGUCUGCAGAGCGACUACAGAAAAAUUGAAGAACUCUGUACUGGCGCGGCCUAUUGCCAGUUUAUGGAUAUGCUGUUCCAUGGUUCCGUGCAGCUGAAGCGAGUGAAAUUCCGCACGAAUCUCGAGCAUGAGUAUAUACAGAAUUUCAAAAUAUUGCAAGCGGCGUUCAAGAAAAUGGGAGUAGACAAGAUAGUGGCCAUCGACAAACUGGUGAAGGGCCGAUUCCAGGACAAUUUCGAGUUUUUGCAAUGGUUUAAGAAGUUCUUCGACGCCAACUAUCAGGGGACCGGCUACGACGCGUUGGCGGCCAGGGGUGGCGAAGGCAUGGGCAACGGAGGAGCGGGCGCCCCCAAAGGGAACAGCCUUAUGCAAAAGAAGCCGAUGGGUGCGAUGGUUCAGCCCUCCGCAAUCGCCAAGUCGACAACGAAGUCAAUACCGCCAGCCCGAUCCAUGCCUAAGGCGACUGCUCCUAGGACUGUUCCCGCCUCCAAACCGGCUGCCAAUCGAAAUGCUGGCGACAGUUCCGGACAACUGGAGGAUCUCAAGAGCCAACUCGAGGGAUACAAGGGCUCAAUCGACGGGUUGGAGAAGGAGCGCGACUUCUACUUUGGCAAGCUGCGGGAUAUUGAGGUAAUGUGCCAGGAAGCCGAAGGCGACAACCCAUUGAUCCAGAAAAUCCUAGAUGUGCUCUACGCUACUGAGGUAAGAGAUGGGUUUGCUCCCCCCGAGGAGCUUGAAGGCCCCGCCGGCGACGAAGAUGAAUAUUGAACAACCACAGUAUAUUGAAGCUUUUUAAAUAGCUUCGUCAACUUUUUGUAUUAUCACUAUUCUACGAGGUUCUGUUUUUUUUUGCGCAAUUUUUAUUCAAUGUUGGAAACUUUUUGAGGAAGCAAAUUCAAUAAAUGUAUUUGGGAA